CUCAAAGUGCGGCUGUAGAUAGAAAAGCCAGUACAUCUGUACAUGGGAUGCAAUCCAAGGGUACAUUAAAAAGGUGUCGGUGAGAAGUGAGAAGGGUAUAAUUGGGAAUACGAGAGACUGCAUGAGAAGCUCGGAAACAGAAGCUAAUACAAGAGGACGCUUGGCGUGGGGGUGCAACCAUUUAUUACCAAAUGUUCGCCUUCCUCGUAUCUCCUUCCUCAAUGAGGAAAGAAAGUCUGUAGAUCGAGUGUCGGAAGAUUCUUGAUGCAGCUAAACAGGUUUUGUAUAUAGAAAUCCUUGAGAGAGAUCGAGGAGCUCUCAAGAGAUCAGGGAAAGGAGAGAGAUAUCAGAUAUGGGUGGUGGUUGUAACAAAAAGUCCUGUUCAUCAUCAUCAUCUUCUGUAAAAGUUCUGUUGUUUAUUGUUCCGUUGAUUGUGGUAUCUGGGUUUGUUUCUGUGUUGGCUCCCUUGUCGUCCAACUGGUUUUUCUUAUCCAGUUACCCCUGGCUAUGGAGCUCUUCUGGUCUCCCUUCUUCUUCUUCAGCCGGGACGACUGUGAGUCCUUUAACAAAAGAGAGCGAAAAUCGUCUGGAUUUGGUGGUGGUAGAGGUUCACAACAUGCAGGAUGAAGCCAUCUCCGAUGAUUCUGUCUUGAACCGCUCUUCUACUCCUCCACACGCUAUAGAACCUAUACAAGCACAAGCUAAUGGUACUAAGGGAGGAGAUAUCGAUUAUACUUCCAUGAGUACUGGAUCCAGUAAUAUUGUUCCUCCCAUGAAUGAAUCUAAUGUGCAACUCUUGAAAGCCAGACGAGAUUACACCAACCUUGACAGACUUGAAGCUGGUCUUAGAAGAGCUCGAGCUGCAAUAAAAGAAGCUAAACAGGGGAACCAAACUCAAGAUCCUGACUAUGUUCCCAUGGGGCCGAUGUAUAGGGAUGCCAAUGCCUUUCACAGGAGCUACUUGGAAAUGGAAAAGCAGUUCAAGAUCUUUGUCUAUGAAGAAGGGGAGCCCCCAGUAUUUCAUAAUGGUCCUUGCAAGAGCAUUUACUCAACAGAAGGGAAUUUCAUCUAUGGGAUUGAGAUGAACAACCAGUUCAGAACCAGGGAUCCUGAGAAAGCACACGUCUUCUUCCUUCCCUUCAGCGUGGCAAUGCUUGUCCAAUUUGUCUAUGUUCGUGACUCCCAUGAUUUUGGUCCGAUUAGAAACACUGUCAUAGAUUAUGUCAAUGUCAUUCAAAGAAAGUACCCCUAUUGGAAUCGAAGCCUUGGAGCUGAUCAUUUCAUGCUUUCUUGCCACGAUUGGGGGCCAGAAGCUUCCCGUUCCACUCCUCACCUAUACAAAAACUCCAUUAGAGUUCUCUGCAAUGCUAACACAUCUGAGGGAUUCAACCCCACCAAGGACGCGGCGUUUCCAGAGAUCAAUCUCCAAACUGGUUCAAUACAUGGAUUUCUCGGGGGGCCGUCUCCGUCCCGUCGUCCUAUCUUGGCUUUCUUCGCCGGAGGGCUCCACGGCCCCAUUAGACCUGUCCUUCUGGAGCACUGGGAGAACAAAGACGAGGAUUUAAGGGUGCAUAGGUACCUCCCAAAAGGCGUAUCCUACUAUGACAUGAUGAGAAAGAGCAAGUACUGCAUUUGCCCAAGUGGGUACGAGGUUGCAAGCCCAAGAGUUGUGGAGGCCAUUUAUUCCGGGUGUGUUCCGGUGCUGAUUUCCGACCACUAUGUCCCACCAUUCAGUGAUGUCUUGAACUGGAAGUCCUUCUCCGUCGAGGUUCCGGUGAAGGAUAUUCCAGACUUGAAGAAAAUACUAGAGCGAAUUUCUGCAAGGCAGUAUAUAAGAAUGCAGAGGAGGGUAGUGCAAGUGAGGAGGCAUUUUGAGGUCCAUUCUCCACCCAAGCGAUUUGAUGUCUUUCACAUGGUGCUUCACUCUGUGUGGCUCAGAAGAUUGAAUGUUAGGGUCCAUAAUGAUGUCGAUGUGUUGUGACCAAUGACCAUAACACAAAUUGCUUAGAAUUCCUAAUUAUCAUAACCACAGAUCGAGCUAGCUAGGGGUAGUAAUUGGUAGGCAACUCUUACCUUCCCAGGUAAAUAAUUAAUAAUAAAAAAAUCUGUAUUGUAAACUUUCAAUUCAUUCAUUCUCAUAUUCAAUUAGUGUGAAAUUUUACGGGGCA